GAUUAUAUCAGCUCAUUUAAUCCUCAGAAAGGUCCAGUGGAGAGGUUCUACUAUCCUCUCCGUCUAUAGACCCGGGAGCUGAGCACGAAAUGUUUAACUUGAUACUAUCAAACCUUUCAUCUGCGCAAAAUGACACCUAAACCGAUGUCACUUCCCUCACUUUUCAGGUGAAGAAACAAGUCUCAGAAGGGAAGUGCUUUAUCAAAGUCACCUGGUCCAGCCCAGCCAGGUUUGGGGGUAGCCUGGGCAAGCACGCUUUUACUGCUACUGCAAUUGUAGAGUUCAGGUGAGCUGCGUAAAUGAGAGCCUCCUCUGAGUGACCCGUGAGGUGACUGCUUAGAGGACGCAGCGGGAAGGAGGCGAGGCACCCUUCCUUCCCGCCCGCGCCGCCCGGCGCGCCCCCCACCCCUCGCUUGGCUCCCGGCGCGCGGAGGAGGGAGCGGGAGACGGCUCGGGCUCGCAUCGCGCCCCCUGGCGGCCCCUCGCGACCGUGCAUCCCGACGCCCCAGGAGAGUAACGGGCCGCGGGGAGGGCGCCCGAGAGGGCAGGGAGCCGGCGCGGGGCCGCCCCGGCGAGCGGAGAUAAAAGCGGGCUGGCGGCUCGGCCGGCGCAAUCUGCGCGUUCUCCUAUUGAUUAGCAGCGUCUGCCCGGAGGCCGGGAUGCCCGCGGCGCGGGGCCGGGACGGAGCGUGAGAGCCGGGGAGUGGCCAGCCCGGCGGCCCCGCGCGCAGCCCCGCGCCUGGCUGGGCAUAGCCCGCGGGCCAGACCUCGGCCGCGCCGGCCCGCCAGCCGGGCCGGCGGCGGGCGGCGCGGCGGGCAGCGGAGCCGAACGCCUGGCGCGGGGGCUGCCAUGGGGCUGUGCUGCUGCAAGGACUGGAGGGGACACCUGCCGGCGCCCAAAGGUGGUACCGGGGAGCGGGAGAAGGUGCCGGCCAACCCCGAGGCGCUCCUGCUCAUGGCCAGCUCCCAACGUGACAUGGAGGACUGGGUGCAGGCCAUCCGCCGGGUCAUCUGGGCCCCACUUGGCGGAGGUACUGCCCGUAGAUCGCAUGCUCACCCUCUAGAACCCUUGCCUUCAGGAAUUUUUGGGCAGCGCCUGGAGGACACGGUCCACCACGAGCGGAAGUAUGGCCCCCGCCUGGCCCCGCUGCUGGUGGAGCAGUGCGUGGACUUCAUCCGGGAGCGUGGGCUCACUGAGGAGGGGCUCUUCCGCAUGCCGGGCCAGGCCAACCUGGUGAGGGACCUCCAGGAUUCCUUCGACUGUGGGGAGAAGCCACUGUUUGACAGCACAACAGACGUGCACACGGUGGCCUCCCUGUUGAAGCUGUACCUGCGGGAGCUCCCCGAGCCUGUGGUCCCCUUCGCCAGGUACGAGGACUUCCUCAGCUGUGCCCAGCUGCUCACCAAGGACGAGGGGGAGGGGACUCUGGAGUUGGCUAAACAAGUGAGCAGCCUUCCCCUGGCCAAUUACAACCUGCUCAGAUAUAUCUGCAAGUUUCUGGAUGAAGUUCAGUCCCACUCAAAUGUUAACAAGAUGAGUGUCCAGAACCUGGCAACCGUUUUUGGACCUAACAUACUCCGGCCACAGCUGGAAGACCCGGUAACCAUCAUGGAAGGCACGUCCCUGGUCCAGCACCUGAUGACCGUCCUGAUCCGCAAACACAGCCAACUCUUCACCUCGAGGGCCGAGGAGGGGCCGGCCUCCCCACGGGGGGGCCCACCGUGCACAGUGGGGUGGGGCUCCGAGGAGGUCCCAAGGGACGGCCAGCCAGAGCCCGGCAGCCCCAGCACCCCCGGCCUGCCAUCACACAGGACCUCUUCUCUGGACGGGGCCACUGUGGCGGCGCUGUCUAGAACCUCCCCCAUGGGUCCGGGUGGCCAAGGCAGCCCCACCACUGCCGCCAGCCCCGGGAAGAAGGUGCAGACUCUGCCCAACUGGAAAUCUUCCUUCUGGCAGCCGGGGGCCCGGUCAGGGAGCCCGAAGGUGGGCAGCUCCUCCCUGGAGGUGCCCAUCAUCUCCUCCGGAGGGAACUGGCUCAUGAACGGGCUGUCCUCCCUGCGCGGUCACCGCCGGGCCUCCUCGGGAGAACGGCUCAAGGACUCUGGCUCUGCGCAGAGACUCUCUACCUACGACAACGUGCCCCCGCCCAGCGGCCUCUUUCCCAGCACUCCCAGUGUGGCCAGCAUGGCGUGGUCGGGGGCCUCCUCCUGCGAGGCGUCAGCGCGGGGCUCGCUCAGCAGCUGCACAGCCUGCCGGGCCAGCGACUCGUCUGCCUGCAGCUCCCUGCCCACCGAGGGGGGCCUCGAACCCUCCCCUUUCCCCAGCAGCAGCGAGGACCGCAGAUCCCCGGACCUGGGCCGCGGCCUGGACGAGGUGGGCACCUGCAUCAGCAGCAGCGAGCCCAGUGACCCAGGCAGCCCCAGCCAGGACUAUGCCCGCUGCUCCGAGGCUCUCCAGGGCCUGGUCACAGAGCUCAGGGCGGAGCUGUGCCGGCAGAGGACUGAGUACGAGAUGAGUAUGAAAAGACUCGAAGAAGGUAGUGCCACUCUGAGGAAGCGAAUGUCGCAGCUGGAAGAAGAACUGGACCAGGAAAAGAAAAAGUACACGAUGCUGGAAAUAAAGCUGAGGAACUCGGAGCGGGCCCGGGAAGAUGCGGAGAAGAGGAACCAGCUGCUGCAGAAGGAAAUGGAGGAGUUCUUCUCAACCCUGGGAAGCCUGACUGUUGGGGCAAAAGGGGACAAGGCCCCCAAGUGAGGGAGGGGGAAGAGCUCCCUUCUGCAGCAGUGCUCGCCCCUGAGCAGAGACGGCUGCCGGCCUUGUGAGGAGCCACGAGGCCCUGCAGCUUGGACCUGGGCCUCCGUGGUGCCAGGAGCUCCAGAGCCAGCUGGAGGGAGGAGUGCUGACACCCCCAGGGGGACUGUCGGGAGCCCAAGCCCCACGUGGGAUCUGGAUGCUGCUCCGACGGUGCGGGGCCUGGCAGGUGUCAGAGACGGCAGCCCCGUGACCCACCGAAACAGAUGGCACCUGGGGUCUAAGCAGCCCACAGGGAACAUUUUGCAUUCUUUAUUAAAUCUGCUCUCCUAGCAUGA